AUGGCGUCAGGGCAGGAAACAGCUCUAAGGAAACAGCAAGACUUGCAGUCACAGUAUACCAACUACAAGAACACCCUUCAGUCGCUUGCGCAGAAGGUGGGCGAGAUUGAACAAGAGAUAGAGGAACACAAACUUGUGAUGGAAACACUUCAGCCACUGCCUCAAGACCGCAAAUGCUUCCGGUUAAUCAACGGGGUGCUUGUUGAGAGAACAGUGAAAGACGUUCUACCUGCCCUUAAGACCAAUUCAGACGGCCUCAAACAGGUCUUGGAAGAACUGCUCAAACAGUACAAGAGUAAGCAGGAUGAGAUGGAUAAGUGGAAGGCAAGUAAGAAAAACAACAUACAGGUUGUCCAAAACCAAUAA